GCUUCUUCUGCGAGGGCUUCGAGAUGACCUUGAUAAGGCGGCUGUGGAAGGUACCCAGCUCCCGGCCCCCGCGCAGCACCAGCCGCAGCACCAGCCGAAAGUGCUUCCUCUUGUCUGCAUCUGAGAUGUACAGGGUCUUGGCGCAGCCGAAUUCCUAGGGGGCUCACAGGUACAGGGCCAUCUCAUCCCAGCCCUCCCCCGUCGGAUGAACCAACCUCUCCCAGAUAUCGGACGUCCGCCCCGUCGGAGGUGACCAGAAGCUCCACCAUCCAGGCUUUCAGGCUCGGCCUUAAGGCAGGACCCCGGCCUCCCGGUCUCCCCACCUAUCUCUUGGCUUUUGGAGGGGAGUAAAGGAGCCCUCAUUUCCCACGAGAGGCAGGGAUGGGAGCAGGAAUCGGACCCCUUCCCGUGCGCUCUCACCCUGGAGUCCGGCUGCUGCUCGAAAUUCAGCUUCUGCGUCUCAGCGGCGCUGCCGGACGCGCUGUCCAGUCCCAUGUAACCGCAGACCGUGGGCCCCGUUUCCCCCGCCUGGUGAGCUGGAAAGGGACGCGAACUGGCUCUGCAAGGACUCGGGAGGACGCAGGUGCCAGGCAAGCUUAGCGCUCGCCGCCAGAGGGCGCGGGGAGACUGCGCCUGCGAACCGCCCCCUCUCGGGCCCAAUCUCGUGGUCCUCCCUACAGAGCAGGCGGCCAGCAGCCCUUGAGUCCGCCCUCACCUUGAUCCUGCCCUGGCUUCACCCUCCAGCCAGGCCCCGAGAGGUAGACACAGGGCGGGGGGCAGAAGAACCUGCGGAGAUAAGUGAGUGUUGGAUUCGUGCAUCCAUCUCCACUUGGCUCUCCUGACCGGAGUCUCUCCUCACUCCUGGAGGGGACAGCGUAAGACCGCACCCUCGAAAGCCAGGCCAGACAGGCAGCAGCCACAGCCAGGACCGCUCCACCCCUUGGGGCUCUCCUCAGGGAAGUGCCUUCUAAGCUUCCAAUGAAUUCCGGCUGUGGAGUGUGGCUGCCCCGGUCUCCCCAGUCUCCCGCUGUAGCCGAAUUCCAGCCUGGCCCGCAGCUAGCCCUGUCUGCAGCUCCAAGUGUGGUAGGAGCAGGGGGUGCUGGGUUUGCCCCGCCUCAGGAGGAAGGGGGGAUCCCUCCCUGCCAGUGGGAGGGGUUGCAGCCUGCGCUUCCCCUCCCCACCCGCCAGCCCUGGGUUAAAUGCGGCUGCUGCCUCUGUGUGCUCCAGCUGCCUGGCAGUCCCCAUCUAGGGCACGCUGCCACGCCGCCGUUACCUGGUCCAAGUGCCCGGGAGGCUCCGCCUGUCGGCUUCGCUCUGCAGCUGCAUCUCUGAUCUGUCCUGCAGGCUCAGGCUCUGACACCUCCAUUCUCUGUCCCCAAGCGCCAUGAGAGGCCUUCUUUGCUGGCCCGUGUUGCUGCUCCUUCUUCAGCCCUGGGAAACCCAGCUCCAGUUGACAGGUCCCAGGUGUCACACUGGGCCCCUGGAUCUGGUGUUCGUGAUUGACAGCUCCCGCAGCGUGCGCCCUUUCGAGUUCGAGACCGUGCGGCAGUUCCUCAUGGGCCUCCUCCGAGGCCUGAACGUGGGUCCCAACGCCACGCGCGUUGGCGUGAUCCAGUAUUCGAGUCAAGUGCAGAGCGUCUUCCCUCUCCGCGCGUUCUCUCGCCGCGAGGACAUGGAGCGCGCCAUCCGCGACCUGGUGCCUCUGGCGCAAGGCACCAUGACGGGACUGGCAAUCCAGUACGCCAUGAACGUGGCCUUCAGCGUGGCCGAGGGCGCGCGACCGCCAGAGGAGCGCGUGCCGCGUGUCGCCGUCAUCGUGACAGACGGGCGGCCCCAGGACCGCGUGGCCGAGGUGGCGGCACAGGCGCGCGCCCGCGGCAUUGAAAUUUACGCGGUGGGGGUGCAGCGCGCGGACGUGGGCUCCCUGCGCGCCAUGGCAUCGCCCCCGCUAGACGAGCACGUCUUCCUCGUAGAGUCCUUCGACCUCAUCCAGGAGUUCGGCCUGCAGUUCCAGAGCCGGCUGUGUGCCAUUGAUCUGUGUGCUGAAGGGACCCAUGGAUGUGAGCACCACUGCGUCAAUUCCCCAGGCUCCUAUUUCUGUCGCUGCCAAGUUGGCUUUGUACUCCAGCAGGACCAGAGGAGCUGCAGGGCCAUUGACUACUGCAGCUUUGGGAACCAUAGCUGUCAGCAUGAGUGUGUUAGCACCCCUGGUGGGCCACGGUGCCACUGCAGAGAGGGCCAUGACUUGCAGCCUGAUGGGAGGAGCUGUCAGGUCCGGGACCUUUGCAAUGGCGUGGACCAUGGCUGUGAGUUCCAGUGUGUGAGCGAGGGCCUCUCCUACCACUGCCUGUGCCCCGAGGGGCGGCAACUUCAGGCAGAUGGCAAGAGCUGCAACCGGUGCCGGGAAGGCCACGUGGACCUUGUUCUGCUGGUUGAUGGCUCCAAAAGCGUGCGUCCACAAAACUUCGAGCUAGUGAAGCGCUUCGUGAACCAGAUUGUGGACUUCCUAGAUGUGUCCCCCGAGGGCACGCGCGUGGGGCUGGUGCAGUUCUCGAGCCGCGUGCGCACCGAGUUCCCUCUGGGUCGCUAUGGCACCGCAGCCGAGGUGAAGCAGGCGGUCCUGGCCGUGGAGUACAUGGAACGCGGCACCAUGACAGGGCUGGCGUUGCGGCACAUGGUGGAGCACAGCUUCUCCGAGGCACAGGGUGCACGGCCCCGUGCCCUUAACGUGCCUCGUGUUGGUCUGGUCUUCACGGAUGGCCGCUCCCAGGAUGACAUCUCGGUGUGGGCAGCGCGCGCCAAGGAGGAAGGCAUCGUCAUGUACGCCGUGGGCGUGGGCAAGGCGGUGGAGGCGGAGCUGCGCGAGAUCGCCUCGGAGCCAGCGGAACUGCACGUGUCCUACGCCCCAGACUUCGGCACCAUGACGCACCUGCUGGAGAACCUCAGAGGCAGCAUCUGUCCAGAGGAGGGCAUCAGCGCAGGGACAGAGCUUCGGAGCCCAUGCGAAUGCGAAAGCCUCGUGGAGUUCCAGGGCCGCACGCUGGGGGCGCUCGAGAGCCUGACGCUGAACCUGGCCCAGCUGACGGCGCGCCUGGAGGAUCUGGAGAACCAGCUGGCCAACCAGAAGUGAGGGCCACGGACGGCCCAGACCCGGGCUGGGGCGCGGCACCACGGACGGUGCCCCUUGCGCGCCAUCGGUGCGCCGGGGCCAGGCAGAACCUGGGCCCGUCCGGCUUGGGCUGUCGGGGCGGAGGCGCUGGCGGGCUUCCGGCAUUGAGCUGAGUUGGCCUCGCCCGGACCAUUAGGCGGACUGCGGCGUCAGGGGGAUAGCGGGUGGUGAGGGAAGGGGCACGUGCUAGACCGGCACGCCCUCGCCGCGUGCUGCGCUCAGUUCUUUGUUGGAUUUCUUGUUUGUGUUCUUAAAAAAAUAAAAAAAACUGAUUUCCA